UAUAUGGGGAUUUUUUUUAUAUAUAAUAAUAUUUUUGUCUAGUUAGACAACAGCAUAUAGAAAGUUAUUGUUGUAAUUCGAGUGCGUGGUUGUUUUUUCUUAGUGACCCAUAUGUAGAGCACGGACGUGUCAUUAAAGUAAUUUGUUUGGACGUAUGUACCAGGAAAUGCAUACAUGUAGUAUGGGGACUGUUAACGUGUUAAAACAGAUAACUUAUCAAGGACAACAAUAGUGAAAACCUCUACAUACCUUAUCGUACGUUGUACAUACCUCGUAAAAUUGCACAAAGAGUUUACAUAUAUUUCCUAUGUAGCAAAAAAAAAAAACGCCUAGACAUUUUCUCGUUUUAAAGUCGUCAUGUCGCGUCAAAAUUGCACAUAAAUAUAAGUAAACGGCUGCGAGCAUGUUGGGCCGCGCCUGCCGCUCGCGCCAGUAACACAAUGUGUCGCACGAGCCGCGCGAGGGUCUCCAGCUUCAUUCACGUUUAGUCGUUGGAUCAUGGAGGAUGAAUGCUUGGGUGAAUUGAUUUGCAUCGUGAAUAAGACAGAUUCCGAGAAAAGUAUCGCGACGACGAAUGCGUACUCUCUAGAGUGUACGGAGGGAUCGCGGUCGUCUGGCAAGGAGUCGCAGUCCUCGGGCAAGCAGUCACGGUCUUCGGACAAGGAGUCUCAAUCCUCGGACAAGGAGUCGCGAUCAUCGGACAAGAAGUCGCGCUCCUCAGGCAAGGAGUCGCAGUCCUCGGAUAAGCAGUCGCGGCGCACAUACGUGCUAGCGGCCGACAGUGGGAGCGACUCAGCCUCCCCCUCCCCCUCCCCUUCUUCCUCACCCACCCGCGCCCGUCCCGCUCUUCUUUACGAUGCCAUCUCUCUCAAGAGCACGUCCAACGUUAGCCAGAGCCAGAAAUUUACCAUUGAUGCCGCGGACACCAUUCAAGAGGAAGGGUUCGCAGACGCGAGCGACGAGCUGCCCGAGUGCGAAGCCAUCAACGGCGACCCGGAUACCGCGCAACUACUUAUAGAAUACUCACUGCACGCCCAGGAAACCUUUACUCAGACGAGCAAGACUAUACUCGAACUAGCUCAGACAAAUUGCGUAAAAUGUUUUACAGACAUUAAUGCCAUAGAAACACAAACCUCCCGCGUUUCCAUUUUCGAGAAUAAAACUAUAGAAUACAGAAUAGAAGUAACGGGAUCGCAGACGCGAUUCACAAGAAAUGAAAUUCCCUCGGGAGUGAGCGGCCGCGCCGGCGCCCGGCUCUCGCUCGCCGGCCCCUGUCACUCGCGAGGCGGCUCCGACGAUUCCGGCACACUGAGGAUAAUUGACGACGAAUCCGAAACUAAAUCCAUAGAGGAAAUUGAAAAAUCCGACCUCAGUGACAAUAAUACUUCUAAAUACGAUACGGACUUUACUGAUUCACUCGAAGACGACCGCACUCGGCACGACGACAACAGCGACGGGAGCGUCCCGAAAUCUGUGGACCGAGACGUCGAGGAGCUGUACACCAACCUGGAAAAAAGUUUCGAUUUGCGUUCGUUUGAUAGGCCUCAGUUUGAUACUCCACGGUACGUCGCACUGUCCACUUUGUCCGAAGAAACGAUGAAGGAGAGUUCGGUAUCACGGCGAGACAGUACAAGAACACAACCGAAAGAAAGCCCACACAGACAUAGUAUCACAACGCCUGAGCUAAGGAGGAACCAGCUGUCCGCAGAGGGGGAGAGUAAAGAGCAAUGGAGACUGCCUCCCAUCGGCCGGGCUGAGCGCGGCGGCAGCCCGCGGCGGCGCCCCUACAGCCCCGGCGCCCGCGCGCCGCCCGCGCGCGCCUCGCGCGACCACGCCCGCGCGGACGCCACCAGCGACCUGGCAGCAGGGGAACACGCCAAUCUUGCUACCAGGAUUGGGUUCGUAGCUCCCGCCGACCCGCACCGCCUGCCGUCGCUGGUGGGGCGCGCGCCGGCGAGCCGCGGCGACGGCGCGCCCACCCCCGCACCGCGCUCGCCGCGCGCCUGCUCUCCCGACACCAUCAGCAUCGGCGGCAAGAUCCAGCAGCUCAAGAUGCCAUCAGCUGACAAAAAGCGCCUGCUCCACCAAUUCUCGAGUACCUCGAGCCCCGACAGUCGCAGUUCGUCGCCGGGCAGCGCUCACUCUCGCUGGGCCGGCGCGGGCGCGGGCGCGGCGGGCGCCGACGUGGCGGCGCGCGGCUGCGACGCGCUGUGCGCCGACGUCAUUGCGCGCCUGCGGCAAGCCUGCAGCAGUUCCACGCGGAUGACAUUCGAGCAGCACGUGAGCCGGUACGAGAGCAGCGACAGGUGCGGCGCUAAGUGGGCGGCGGCCGUGGAAGUGCUGGAGGACAUCCCGCGGCUGUUCCGCGGCUUCUGGCCCGCCGUGCCCGAGCACCGCCUCGCCGACCUGCUGCGACUGGUGGCGGCACAAGUGGAGUCCCCGCGCACGCGCGUGGCGCGCGCCGCGUGCGCCGCGCUGGCCGCGCUGCUCAGCCACACCGGCUACACCAAGAGGCCGGACUUCGACGAGGCGUUGGCGGCGCUGCUGGGCAAGACGGGCAGCAUGGCGUCGGCGCUGCGCCGCGCCGCCAACCUCGCGCUCGACCAGGUGGUGGCCGCCGCCGCCACCGCGCCCGCCGUCACCUCGCUCUGUCUCUACGGUGCCGAUCACAAGAGCGGGCUGGUGCGGUGCGCGGCGGCGCGGCUGCUGGUGGUGGCGGCGGCGCUGGCGGCGGGCGGGCGCGGGCUGCUGCGCGCGCGGCCGCGCUCCGCCGCCCACGCGCGCCGCCUGCUGCUGCGCUCGCUGGCGGCGCUGCUGGACGACCGCAGCCUGGACGCCAGAAAGUACGCGGAGCGUCUGUACGCGUUGCUGCGGCCGCUGCCGGGCUUCGAGGCGUUCUUCCUGGCGGACGUGGAGGCGCGCGCCGCCUGCCGCCUCAUGAAGAAGCUGGACCCGCUGCUGGCCGCCGUCCCGCGCCGGUGACCGCCCACGAACCGGACCCACGCAAUAUAACACAUCAUAUAUAUCAUUGUUAUUAUUACUCAAUAUCGGCCUUCGAUGCAUGUUGUGGUAGUUCAGUGUUUUCGUCGAUAAUAUUGAUAACGGUGUUAAAUUUAGUUAUGUGUUUUGAGCAAUAGGAGAAUAAUAAUACAAUUAUACUGAUAUCGCAAUAGGUUUUGAUAUGGAUUUAUUGUAAACUUUUUUCUGUUCAUUCUUAUCGAGGGUUCGUGGCCACCUAUUCUUUCAUUCAUUUUUUUUUUCAUUUUUAUUUUCAAUUUUUCACACUGAAUCUCCAAUGUAAGGAAUUUGUCAAAGUUCCGGUACAUUCAGAGCUUGCGGUCGUAAGGCGACAUCGGAGAUACGUAACACAUUGUGAGUGAAGAUUGUAUGUAAAUAACGUCACAAGUUUUCUUGUAAGUCGUGUCGUGUAUAUUUCAUGUUUAUGUAAGUUUGAGUGUUUAUUUCGUGUUGAUGUAAAAUCAUGAAUAAAGGAUUUAAAUGAA